AGGGGCGGAGCGGGCGGCAUGAUCGGGACGGUGCUCUGUUACGUGCUGCUGCCCGCGGCGAAGCUCCUGCAGGCUUUACGAGGUAACGCUCCCCCGCCGCCAUCUCCCAGAGGGGCCCGUAUUGCGGCCGCAGGUUGGAGUCAGAAGCGCACCUCUGAGGCGGCUUUUCUGCAGAUGGUUUCUUUACAUGUCGAAAAAGUGUGCUUCCAGUGAAGAGCACAGCUGCCCAUAUAGACGGCCUUUCAGUUUUGGAGGAGCGGCAAGCCCUGCUGCAGGAGUGGCUGGAAGAGGGAGCUCGGGGCCCACACACCAGUAAUAGCACUUCAGAAACAGAGAAGCCUGCUGAGUGGCUGGAAGGCCCACAGCUAUUGAUGACAAGCUUAAGUGAUUUGAAUGUUGCCCCACAGUCUGAUGGCCAGGAGCAGCAGCAGGUGGUUCAGACUGAAAUGACUUCUGUACUACAGGAAUUUGUAGAAACCACAUUGGCAAAUUUACCACUAGAGGAAAGAGAGUCCACAGAGGACAAUGCUGCACGGGCAGCACUAAGGACUCAGACUCAGACUGAUCCUCAGAUUGUUGAUGGUGUGCCUUUGUCUACAGAAGUGUGGAUUGAAGACUCUGCUGUGUUAGCUUGGAGUCCUGCAGUGGAGACUGAUGUGGUGACAGAAGGGGGAGCAGUGUUGCCUUUUCAUAAUACAGGUCAAUUUCAGCCACUCCCGACAGAGAUACCGUAUCAUGAGAUUCUGUGGAGGGACUGGGAAGAUCUUUCCUCUCAGGCUUGUAUCCCAGAGCCAGACUCAGAGGCUGAGUCUUUAUUUGAAUUCAGAGUCAUGUCAUACAAUAUUCUGGCCCAAGACUUGAUAGAACAGAGUCCUCAUCUCUACAUGCAUUGCCAUCCAGACAUUUUGAACUGGAGUUAUCGCCUUGCAAAUCUCUUACAGGAGAUACAGCACUGGGAUCCUGAUAUUCUUUGUCUCCAGGAAGUUCAGGAGAAUCACUAUUGGGAAGAGCUGGAACCAACUCUUGUGACAAUGGGCUUUGUGUGCAUAUACAAGCGGCGGACAGGAAGAAAGACAGAUGGUUGUGCCAUCUGCUACAAGCAGAGCAAGUUCCAGUUGAUCAGUGCUAACCCUGUUGAAUACUUCUGGCCUGGCUUGGACAUCCUCAACAGAGACAACGUUGGCCUGGUGCUACUGUUGCAGCCCUUUUUCCCUCAGAGCAUGGGGGACAAGUCAAUCAACCCCUUGUGUGUGGCAAACACUCACGUGUUGUACAAUCCCCAUCGGGGAGAUAUCAAACUGGCCCAGAUGGCUCUGCUCCUGGCAGAGAUAGACAAGACUGCAAAGCUGAUUGAUGGCAGCUACUGCCCCAUCAUUUUAUGUGGGGACCUUAAUUCUGUGCCUGAUUCACCAUUAUACCAGUUUAUCCGGAAUGGCCAGCUGUACUAUCACGGGAUGCCAGCCUGGAAGGUGUCUGGGCAGGAAGAGUUCUGUUAUCACCCACAUCAGCGGAAGCUGCAGAGUCCUUUGUGGCCCAGCUGUCUAGGUAUAACUGAUGGUUGCCAAUAUGUCACUCUUUGCAAAAUCAAGAAGUCAGACAGGCGCAAAUAUAGCCGCGAUUUCUUACUUCAAUUCCGUUAUUGUGAUGUUGCCUGUGAACGGCCUGCAGAGCUCACCAUGUUGGAAGGGGUGACGGAUGCCAAACCAGAACGUCCUGCACAUUGGUCUAAGGAGCUCACUGUGGAGAAUAACUCUGAGGCAGAACUGUUGUGUUCAAGAUAUCCAGGCAGUAUCCUUCAUGGCAUGAACUUGACCUCUGCCUACAGCCAUUUCUUGCCUGAGAAAGGUUGCCCUGAAGUUACAACUAUGCCAAUGGGCAUGGGGGCUACAGUUGACUAUAUCUUCUACUCGGCAAAUCCAAUCCACAAUGAGAAUUUAGGAGGGCGCAGGAUGUACCAAGAUGGAGCUCUAAAACUCCUUGGCCGCCUGUCCCUCCUCUCUGAAGACAUCCUUUGGUCAGCAAAUGGCUUGCCUAACCCUUUCUAUUCAUCAGAUCACCUCUGCCUGCUGGCCAGCUUUGGGUUAGAGAUGUCCAGCUUCCAAUCAUGUGCCAAACCUCUAGAACUUUCAGAACAGUUGCUUUGAAUGGGAAAAUCAUGCCACUGAAGUUUGCAUCAGUUAACCACAAAAAAUCAACUAUCCACCCCAGCCUUCCCUUCCCCUCCUUUUGAAUUUAUUUUGUUCAUCUUUCCCAUGCAUCGUUUUUAUGAGGAAAACCGUUGAAUUCACUUCUAAUGCUGCAAAUUUACUUUGGGCUUCUCUGCCAGGUCAUGCCUGCAUCUACUCUGGCUUCCACCAUCUUUUAAAAGACAUCCUGCCAGCAGAGGUAACAUUUGGAAGGUGUGCCGUUAGCCAUCCUGAUCUAAAAGUCACCAGGGCUUGUGCAUCUUGCUAGUGAGCUCCUAGAAGGCCCCUUUGUGGGUUUUUAUUUUACCUGCUGCUGCAAACUGAUUUCCCAUGUCUUUCUGGCCAGAUGGCUUUCUGCAAGUGUGCAGAAUGUAGUUUUUGUGUGGUGCUGCUGCUUGCAACCUUAAGCGAGUUAAUAGACGGGCCAGUCGCUAAAAUCAGCUUUGGAAAUGGAAUCAAAGCAAUUUCAGUUCAGUGACUUCAUAUGCAAAGAGCUAUCAGGCCAGGCUUCAACUCUCCAGCAUGAACAGAGACAUUCAGAACCCGUGUGUGUCAUAUUUUUCCCCUCUGCCUGUAGCGUGCUAUUCCAUUUUAUAACUGGGUUCUUCAGAUGGCUGUGUUUUUCUUUCGCCUAUCAUCUCAGGACAUUUCCAAUGGCUCUGUUGGCAUCUAGCGUUCCAGGGAAGAAAGGGCUGCUCAAACUGGUUGUAGAUGAGUACUGUUUUUGUUGUUUUGUUUUCUGCUUGGCAACCACACUGUCGGGUACCUCAGCUAAGCCUGGCAAUUGCUGCUAAUUUAUAUUAUUGAGGGUUUUUGAAAGGAGUUAUGCAGUCAGCCUCCACCUUCCACAUUGACACAUGGAAACUACAACAUUUGAUUUCAGCUAUGCUUAUGGGCCAUGGCACAACUUCUUUGCUCUGGGGGGAUGCAUUGGGAGUUUUCAGGAUUUGUAAUGUUUUCUUAAAUUUGAAAAAUAAAGUUUUAUAAUUUCAGGAAAAAAA